AUGACUAGGUUUUGUGAUUUUAUCCUCGAAGUCGAAGAAUGCAGGACAAUUUAUGAAGUUAGAGUCUACUUGCAAUAUAAUCUUAAAACCAAAAGGAACCUAUUGUACACUAGAGAUUUGUCUUCCGAUUCACAUUCAAAUGAAGAUAUAAAAACAUUAGGAAACAGAGAAAUUGUAACCAAACGUGAACAAAACAGACUUAAUCAUUCAACUAAGAGAAGGGAACAAAGUUUGUUAAAGACAAAGAAUCAUCAUCAAUCAAAGAAGAAAAAGCUUCUUCCUUUGACACCAAGCAGUGUAUCAAACCGCCCGAAUUUCUUGAAAUCUCCAUGCUCUCCUCUUUCAGCUACUAGGCAAGUCUUGGAUUGUGAUGCUGAGAACAAAGCUCCUCAAGAGAACAACAANUCUGCAACCAGAGGGACAACGACACCACAAGGGUCUGAGAAAGAGACUCCACAGAAAGGAGAAGAAAGCGGAGACGUCUCGUCAAGAGAAAGCACUCCAGGUUACAGGAGAUCAAGCUCAGUGAACAUGAAGAAAAUGCAGCAAAUGUUUCAAAACGCAGCAGAGGAGAACGUGAGAAGCAUAAGAGCUUACGUAACCGAACUCAAAGAACAUAUAGCUAAACUACAGUACCAUAAACAACUUCUCGUUUGUCAGGUGCUUGAGUUGGAAGCCAAUGAUGGAGCUGGAUACAGCGUAGAGAACGAGGAGAACACGAUACAGGAAGACGAAGAGCAGAGUCAAGUCGCGUGGCAUAUAACUUUCAUAGAGGAAAGACAACAGAUCAUAGAGCUUUGGCAUGUCUGCCAUGUCUCAAUCAUCCACAGGACACAGUUUUAUCUACUGUUCAAAGGUGAUCAAGCCGAUCAAAUCUACAUGGAAGUGGAGCUAAGACGGUUAACUUGGUUAGCAGAAGUAGGUAACGCAACUCCAACUCGAAUUGGCGAAGAACCUGCAGUAGUAUCUCUAUCAUCCAGCAUAAAAGCAUUGAGAAGAGAGAGGGAGUUUUUAGCGAGAAGGGUCAACUCGAGAUUGACGCCGGAGGAGAGAGAGGAGUUGUAUAUGAAAUGGGAUAUGCCAUUGGAAGGGAAACAGAGGAAACUACAGUUCGUGAACAAGCUAUGGACUGAUCCUUACGACUCAAGGCACGUGCAAGAGAGUGCAGAGAUAGUUGCCAAGCUUGUUGGGUUCUGUGAAAGUGGUAACAUCUUUAAGGAGAGGUCGAAAAGAUGA